AUGAACGGCAAAGUCGCGGCUGUGCUGGCGCUCGUCCUGAUCUCAGUGGCUGUGUCUCAAGGUAGGGCCCUGGCAAGGAUGGGAACCGAGCUGCGGUGCCAGUGCAUAGCCACCCAUUCCAAGUUCAUCCACCCCAAAUCCAUCCAGGACGUGAAGCUGACCCAGAGCGGCCCCCACUGCAAGAAUGUUGAAGUCAUAGCUACUCUGAAGGACGGCAGAGAGGUGUGCUUGGAGCCCACUGCUCCCUGGGUACAGCUGAUCGUCAAGGCAAUUUUGGCCAAGGCUCAACUCAAUUCCGACUCACCUCUCUAAGAAACACCAAGGCAGAAAAAACCUGGGAACGGCUCCCACUUCUCCAUUGAGAGAAACAUUCAGGAAAAGCAUCACUCAGGCCGUGUACCGCCUUCCACCUCCUGCAUCAGUGUUAUGAUGCUAACUGUGGAGGAAUCGACCUAUUUAUCUAUUUAUUUAUUUAUUUAAGUGCAUCUAUUUA